AUGUUGAAGUCCAAGUUGGGGUCAGUUGAGAAGAAACAGGGGAAGAAACAUCAGGUUUGCCAAGCUAGCUCUAGGAAAGGUUGUAUGAGGGGCAAAGGAGGGCCUGAGAAUGCCCUUUGCACCUACAAGGGUGUCCGGCAGCGAACCUGGGGCAAAUGGGUGGCUGAAAUCCGCGAGCCUAAUCGUGGCGCUCGCCUUUGGCUAGGCACCUUUAACACCUCUCAAGAGGCUGCCUUGGCUUAUGAUGCCGCUGCUCGUAAACUCUAUGGGACUGAUGCCAAGCUUAACUUACCCGAGGUUUACCCGCCCCAAUUUCCGAGCUUGGCCAAGGUUCAGGCCCAAUCCCAAUCCCAAUCCCAAUCCCAAUCCCAAACCCAAAACCUAACACAAAGCCAGGCUCAGAUUCCUUUUUAUCAGAAUGGCUUCAACUUGUGUUGCUCAUCUGAUAACAGCUCACUUUCUGGGGCUAGUGACAUUAGUUUCCCGGUUGAGGAAACUAACUCCACUUCCACAAUUACUGAUAGCACUUCUACAAGUGUUGAGAGUUUUGGUGAGAAUGAAGUUGGGAUCAACCAUGGUCUGUGGGGGAACCCAAACCCGAGCUUACCAGAGCUCGAUGACACCUUGUGGGCUGAGACUGCUAUGACCCUCGGAUUUCCGCCCCCUGUCACUGAUCCACAACCCGAAUUUACAAUCACCGACGAGGCAGGAUUGUUGUCAGGCAACUUAUAUGAUGACACCUUCCAGUUCCUCUGGUCUUAG